GUUGUCGGUUCACAGAAAGCGCAUCUUUUGCGUGAAGCGAGGGCAGAAACGCUUUGACGGCGCCUUGACAAGAAGAGAGCCGGGACAGUGCGUCAGCCAUGGCCUCUCUUCCAAGUUGUGUGCUGUUAGUGUCGUUUCUAGCUUUAUGGACUCUGGCGCAAGGCCAAACUGUUCCGGGUACUUGUCCGACAUUCCCUCCGCCCGCGGAAUGUCCACCGGAACCAGACAACGAAUGCGAGACCGACGUGCAGUGUACAACGCUAUACCCUGGCCAGGGUCUGAAAUGCUGCAAGGACGGCUGUGAUUUCCGCUGCGUCCCCCCGAUUCCUCCACCAACUCCUCCACCACAAAGGGUCGUUCAUGGUCGACAUUAGUACAUUUUCACGCUACAAUCCAAGAAUGAUAAAGAUUUGCAAAGUGUAAGUAUUGUGGAAACACUGGACGCUAGACAGCCUCGUUCCCAUGGUCUACUCGGUAGUUUUCAAAAUGGCGGCUCGGCCAUUUUGAAAAUUCUAGACUCGAUGCUGGGGCGCUAAGAGUGAGAUCUGAAUGACAACAAAGACGGAUAGUAUGUAAGUAUACGAGGUAUGUAUAGAACGCUCCAAAAUGAGGGAAAUUUUUUAUAGUUUUCUGUUUGUGAAGAUUAAUCCAUCUAUUUUAUGUCUUGUUUGUUUUUUCCUUGCUUUAGGUUUGACGAUGAUCAGCAUGAAUUCACAGAUAGGAGGGAAUGACUGAAAACAAAAGAGAUUCGGAAACAGAGUGGAAAAUCUUCAAAUCGAUAUUUUUAUUGAUUAAUUUAUUUUGACAGCAGAAUUUGGAAAUACCUUAAAUAAAAGUACAUAAAAGUAA